UUGACCACCAUGCAAAAUGAGCCAUCAUCUAAAACGGGCCUUGAAAUGUUCAUAAAGGAUGGGCGACGUCAUCCCGAACGGACUUGUCGUUACUUAGCUACCAAUCGGUACAAAUCUAGGGAGAUUCCAUUUGAUGAGCUAAUCACUCUGCCACUUUAUACGACGCUGGUCGACUUGCAACGCUUGGCUCCUGGGGAGGUCAAGCGUCUCGCCGAAAUAGCUUCUGAGAGGCACAAAGGAGACUUUGUCACGGCGCUCGCCAAAUACUGCAAGGGUCUUGACACUCUUCGACGAGCUGCGGCUCUAUUCGAAGGCGCGAUACAUCUUGUGGAAUCAACCUCAAUCACUGCGCGAACGACCGCUGAGGAAAGGGAACACUGGGUCUCGGUUUCCCACGCGCAGCUCCGUUGGUUGCAACAUUGCAGCAGUAGGGUUCGGUGCAGCCAAAAGGUGCACAACAAGACUUGUCUCGUGUCACGAAUAUGCCAACAGGCGGAACCGCGGGGCGCGGGACGCCCCGGGCCAGUCAUGGAAUAAGCCAAUCGGAAGGCAGGAACAGGAUCGAUGGUGAUCAGUGAGCUCAGUUGCCAAGCCAGGACUGAGCACACUGAGCACCAGGCAAGGUCACCAAUCAGGACGAUUGUAACUCAGAAGUGAUCAGUGAGCUCAGUUGUCGAACCCGGACUGAGCACACUGAGCACCCAAGAAUUAGAUAGGUAUAUAGUCACUCGUUCUGGAGAGCUCUGGGAGUUCUCCAGUUAGCAAUCACAACUACAGUUCGCUACCA